GUUUCUGGAGGAUAACCCGUGAGUUUUGUAAAGAAAUUUUUCGUUUAGGCAUGGAGGCCUAUAAAUACAUGGUAUCUGGUCCUUGUAAAAAUAUAAAACCGUCCAACAAGUCUGAAAUAUCUAAAAAAGAAGCCAUAGUUUUGUACUUUGUUGUCAUGUCACUUUCAAUAGAAGCUUUAGCUAUGGCGGGGGUGGAUUAUGUUGAAUGGGGUUUAGACAUUGAAGAAUGGGAGCGUGAGGAUGAGCUGCCUCCGCCACAUUUACUGGCAGAUGACAACGAGAAGGAAGAAGAAGAAUUCAUGAAAAGGCAUGCUUCGACUAGGCAAGGCUUUUCUGCUUUUAUCAACAAUACAAGUCCGCCAAGCUACAAUCUGGAAGAUAGUGAAAGAUCAGUGAGUGAGCUUUGCAAUCCAGGAGUUGUUCGGUACUGGAGAAGUAAAAUGGAGAAGAUAAGGUUCUAUUUCAUGUCAAUUGCAAAAAUGAUGCCAACCUUGAUAAAGCUGUUGAUGAUUUCAUGGAUUGAACGAAGAUUGAACCAUAAGUUAUCGUGA